AUGUUCAGAACGUGUCAGAUGCUCCGAAACCAGUUCACGUCACACAUCACGACGGUCCCAAAAGUACCCUGUCGUUCCAAAUCGAACCCGAUCUCUGCUAUGCAUUCAUUUGGCUCAUUCGCCGUGGAACGUCGAAUGAAUGUAUCGACCAAUGUUAGGGAGUCUCCAAAUCCUGGACCCGGUGUCUCUUACGUGAUGUUCGUCGAUGUGUUCUCGCAUCGCUUCGAAUGGUGUGUAUUCCCACUCGCGUCUGUAUCUAACAGAUCCAGUCAAGAGGAGCCUAUACGGAAGUGGUCAGCUGAUUCAUCUAGCGAGUUUGAUCGUGAUUGCCAGUUCACCUCCGUGGCGAGAAUGCAGGGCCAGGGUCCUUCUCGUGAAGGAGUACGAGAUGACGGUUGGAGGGGUCAUAUCGCUUGA